GAUCUCACCUUCAGGUCUUCCAAAAGCCUUCUUAUUUUCACUCGCCACCAACCCACGCCCUACCUACCCACAAAAAUGGCCGCUUCCAACACCGCGAUCACCGCCAAGCGCUCCAGCACCACCCGCCACCGUAAGCCCAAGCGCAGCUGGAAUGUCUACAUCAACCGCUCUUUGAAGGCGAUCAACAAACAAAUGAGCCUGUCCGGACGCACCACGCGAAUUGUCAACUCCUUUGUUAACGACCUCUUCGAGCGCGUCGCGAUGGAGGCCGCGACGUUGGUGCGAGUGAACAAAAAGCGCACGUUGGGCGCCCGCGAGCUGCAGACGGCUGUCCGUCUGGUGCUCCCCGCGGAGCUCGCCAAACACGCCAUGGCGGAAGGCACCAAAGCCGUGUCCAACGCGGCCCGCUAAAAGCAAAUCACAGAUACUCAUCGUUUCUGUUUCUCGUCUUUUAGUUCAUAGAGUUUUUUCUUUUUAAUUUUUUAUCUUAUGAUUUUUUUGUCGGAAUAUUUAUCAAUUCUUCCUUAUUAAAAAAUUGAACUACACGACCA